AUGAUUUCAGAAUCGCACGAAAUUAAUCUCACGCAAGCUGGUAGGACGGGGUGUACGCCUAGCAAUGCCUGCAGGCAAGGAGUCCUCAAAUCCUGCCCACAGAACAACAUUUCGACCACCAUGGGUAAAAGAAGGGGUCCCGCCAGCACUGCCUACACCAGCCGCACCAUGGACGCUAAAAAACAGAAGAGACAGUAGCACAACUGCCAAUGAAAAUGUAGAGAAAACAGAAAAUAAUCCUAUAGGU